AGAGCCGCCGAUGUCGCGAGACCCCGGCCUGAGGAGAGCGGCUGUGGAGCAGGGCGCAUGCGCAGAGGCUGCUGCGCCGCUUUUGGCGCCAAAAGGCUGAGAGGAAAGGGAGGGGCUGGGCGCUGCCCCUCAGGUGGGACAUUCUCUGCCUGGCCACAGGAUCGGCUGCGCCGCAGGCUUCAUGGCGCGCACCGGGAGAAUUUCCCUGGAGGAACUCUGCUCCUCGGCCACUCACUGCAGGGGCAGGCAAUGACCUGCUGCACCAUGGAGAAACGAGAAAACUUUGAAACCACAGUGGGAAGGACCAUACCAGGUGCUCCUUACUACCUUCACUGCAAUUAAGAUCAAGGAACAGAGUGCCUGGAUUCGCCAUUCUUGAGCGGAGAAAGCCCCAGAAGCCCCCUGGAAAGUAACACUGGGUGACAGUGAAUUGAAACUAAAGCUCACUCGAGCAAAAUGAAGACGUUACGGUCAGGAAUAUUUAGUAAAAUAGUUUGCAGAAAUUUAUUUAACAGAAUUGUUUUAUUUGUGUGGCUUAUAGUUGUUGUUGUGAUUCAAGAAUUGGAAAGUGCCUCUAAGAUAAUAAGAGAAUGGUGAGUGGCCUUGGUCCGAAGCCGUAACAAUGGAGGAUAAGAGCAUUAAUGGAAAAUUAGCAGUUGUGGUUAUGUGGCAAACAAAUGGUGACCAUUUACAUAUAUUAUCACAAUGGCAAAAAUUAGGAGAAGAGUGGACACACCAAAGAACUGCAGGGGACGAAAUUAAAAUAGGGUGCCAAAUGAUUAAUGGAACAACCCACAAGAAAGUAACAGGGAUUUUAGUAAAACCGAUUUCCAAAAGUGGCCAGCAAGAAGGUUGUAUCCGCCCAGGUAAAUUAGAUUGUUGGUAUAAUUUUAUAUUAACACAGACCGUAGUAGUUAGCUGUUCUUGGACUAAUAAUGGCCAAGAGCUCAAAAUCGAGGAGGGCGAGGGCCUCAUAUUAAAUUUUACAAUAUAUGCUGUACUUCCUACAACAGUGGAGCCCCCUACAACCUAUGCCAGCACUCAAGUGGCCCAACCCCAAACCAAACUUAAACCCAAAAUUUAUGAAACAGGCCCAUAUUUAGUAAGGAACACAGGCCAACAACAAUUGUUAUUUAAUCCAGAAUGGUCUCUGAAGCAUGUUGAAUUGCUAAUGCAAAUUAACAUCUCGGAAGUUCAACCAGCCUGCUCUCCUUUCCUAAAGACAUCAUUUGAAGGCUGGACAACAUGGUUACAAAAGCAAGCACACCUCAGGGGCAGGACGCGAAGAGACUUAACUGGAAUGCUAGGAACAGGAUUAGGAGUUUUAAACGGAAUUGAUUGGGAAAUAUUAAUGAAUAAGCUGGCCACUGCAACAAGUGAUUUGACAAAACUAAAACAGCCCCUACAAUCAUCAUUAUUGGCAUUGGGAACUAGGCAAUGGCAGGUUUCAAAGGUAUUACCGAGAUGGGAAAAGGCUGAAGACCAAGACCGCAAACUAAUAAUAGAUGCACUUAGUAUGGUUCAAGAUAAUGUAUCUUUAGCUUUUAGUUGUAUGCAAGCACAGUUAUGGAUGCAGGCAACAGCUGCCUUGAUCAUUAGGGAAGGAAGUGAAGGCGUUUUCCCGGUUGAAGUCUGAAAGGCUGUUUGGGACAAUGCCAAUGAUUUUGAGAGGAAGUUCCAAUCUUGGUGGACUCUGGUAAAUUUUACCUAUGAUCCCACUGUUAACAUGGCUACUGCCUUUGUGCUUACUAUACGUAAUGCCACAGUUUAUGUUAUCCACCCCAUUGUUGCACUAGGAUUAAACCAUGAGGAGACAGUGCUUUAUCCUUCAAAGUAUAGAACAUGGGCACGGAUGGUGAAUGGGAAAUGGCAGACUGUAAAUCUGGAAUCCUGUGCUAACCGGGAACAACAAGGAUUUAUCUGUGAAAGCAACACGAUUGACGCUCAGGACGUAUGUCUUGACACUGAGCAAGGUGUUUGCCACUUUGAAAUUCAUCCAAAUACUAGUCAAAAGACUGUGCUUGUAUAUAUUGGUCAAGGCUGUGUGUGUUUAAGAACUGCUUGUGCUUUUGUAGAAGUAGAUAAGGAAAAUAUAACUCUCCCUAGCAAAAAUCAUUCUAACUUUUGUAUUUGUAACUUUGUUAGAAUUGUCGGGUGUGAUUUUCUAUAUUCGGCACCAGUGGUAUCCCACCAGUUAGUCAAGUCUAACAACACAAUGUAUCACAAGUUAUUACCUAUACCUACUGGGAUGAGCCUCACCUUAGUGAGGCAAUUAGUUAAACGCCAAGACCUGAUCAAAAUUUUGAAAGGCAUUCAGGAAAAUGGAGAGAAGACUCUAAUCACUGUCCAUCAUGAUACAAAGGAAAUAAGCAGAGUUCUGCAAAGAGUAAAACAAGACGAAAAUCACAACUGGUGGGAUGCACUCUUUGGAUGGUCGCCAACAGCCACUGGGAUUUUGAACACAUUGUGUCACCCAAUUAUUGUUUUAUUGAUAUUAAUUGGUAUAAGUUUAGUAUUGUCUUUUGUAAUACUUGUUUGGAAUUGGAAAAUGUUACAACGAACGGCGAUAUUAACUUCCUUGUCGAAAGUACAUGGCAAGGCAUUGAGGGAUACAUAUCGUAGAGAUUGGGAAGAAGAAUUUUUGUAUUAAGUAAAAGAAUUUACUAGAUUUUCUAGAAAAGGGGGGACUGAGACAUGGGGUUAGAAAUUAGAGGGCGAUUGAUUAAGAGUGGAUAUGUAGACAACACUCAUUGCUUAAUAUGUGCUACGCAAACACAGAAGGACUGAUAAGAUAACUAGCAUACGAAGCGGGGCUAGGCGGAGCUAGGAAAUGCAUAUGCAUAGAUGUGUUGCGAAACAAUGCAUAUGUAAUAUUUUAGGGGAUAAAAGAGAACGCGAGUGAGCGAAUUGUUGCGUAUGCCUUUGGGAGCUAUCCUGCAUACGCCCAGCGCCGAAAUAAACCACAUACCUACUUUAUAACUCAUUUUGCUUUUGAGUUGUAGAGUUCUUCACUCUACACUAGACACUGGAGGGAAUGGCCUCAAGUUGUGCCGGGGAGGUUCAGGUUGGAAAUGAGGAGACAUUUCUUCUCAGAAAGAGCGGUCAGGCGUUGGGACGGGUUGCCCAGGGAGGUGGUGGAGUCACCGUCCCUGGGGGUGUUCAAGGAAAGGUUGGCCAUGGUGCUGAGGGACAUGGUUUAGGGGGUGACAUUGGUGGUAGGAUGAUGGUUGGACCAGAUGGUUUUGGAGGUCUUUUCCAACCUUAACGAUUCUGUGAUUCUAUGGCCAGAGGGGCUGAGGUCCUGACAGCCUCAUGGAGCAGAAGGAGCGAAGUCAACGACAGUGCCUUAAGGGAACUGGGUUUCUCUGGUAUCUCUCCAAAUUUGACGUAGGUAAUGGCAACUGAACUUGCUAGAGCUAACAGUUUCACCACGUCAGCUGGUCUAUAUGAGCAGAGCUUUGUCCUGUGACGGGUGUUUUGUCUUAGCCAGAACAGGAAGAGAACUGGCAUGGAGGGAUCGCUGAUUGUGACUGAAGAAAAGGGACUUUCAUUACUGUAAAGCAAUUUUGCUUACGCCAGAUGAGAUCACCAAUGGACAGGAGCGAGGGUGUUCAGCUCUUACUGAAGGCUGCCUAAACUAAUGCAAUUACAAAAACCCCCAAACAGUGAUGUGAGUCAGAACUUCACAGGAACGUACACACACAAAACCACGAUCCCAUUAAGCAUGAAAUGCCUGUGACCAAACCUGAUCAUUCCUGGCAGCUACAGAAAAUAAAACAGUCCAGAGAAGCGAGAA